AGUUAUGACAAUUGACAUAUAUUAUCAAUUUAAAUUAGAUAAACAUAAAUGUUUUUCCUACACUAUCUUUAAUCUUUUUGUUAUAAACUUUAACCUUAGCAUAGGAGCAAAGUACAGUGUUUUAUGAAUUUCAUUUUAUUUUAACCUUUCUUUGAUUAGAACCACUACACAAAACGUGACAUUUAAAAAUACGAUUCAUCAGUAUUUUGUCCAAAUAAAAAAUGACUCGUCAUUUAAAAGCUCUCAUAGGUCCUAGCAUUCUCAAUGCAGACUUAUCUAAAUUAUAUGAAGAAUCUCAAAAACUCCUAGAUAAUGGUGCUGACUACUUGCAUUUGGAUGUGAUGGAUGGUCAUUUUGUUCCUAACCUCACAUUAGGACAUCCUGUAGUGAAAUGUCUUCGCGGUAAAAUAAAGGACGCUUUCUUUGAAACACACAUGAUGGUUUCAAAUCCGGAACAGUGGAUACUUCCUAUGGCAGAUGCUGGAGUUAAUCAAUAUACAUUCCAUAUAGAACCAGUAGAUAAUGUUGAAGAAGUUUGUAGGAAGGUCAGAGAAAACGGAAUGAAGGUUGGAGUUGCAAUAAAGCCUGGAACAUCUGUUACAGAAAUAGAAAAGUAUAUAUCUAUAUCAGACAUGGUGCUUAUAAUGACAGUGGAACCAGGAUUUGGGGGUCAAAAGUUUAUGGAGAAUCAGAUGGAGAAAGUGAAAUAUUUAAGAGAUCAUUAUCCAUUAUUAGAUAUUGAAGUUGAUGGGGGAGUCGGACCUUCAACUAUUAAUUGUUGUGCCACAGCAGGUGCAAACAUGAUAGUAUCUGGAACAGCUAUUAUAGGAUCCAAUGACCAAGCAUCAACCAUUCAAUUAAUGAGAGAUGCUGUAAAACAGGCCAUUAAUAAAAAAUAAGAAAGUACAUAUAUGAAAGUUGUAGUAGUUAUAAGGGAAACUUAAAAUUAUUUUUAUAUCAUUCUUUAUAGGUCUUCCACAUUUUUUAUAAAUUUGUAUGAAUAAUAAAAUACUUUGUUUUGUGUAAA